CGAGACGGUAAAACUCUACCAAAAUACAUAUUUAAUAUCUGCCCCUUCAGUGAAUUAAUGCUGUUCGCAUUGUUGCAGUCUGGAAAGCAUUUGCUUUCUUUUUUCACUCAGGGUGAUGUUUAUUUCCUGCACCGAGAGAAUACAGAGAUGUACUUACUGCACUGGAACUCAUUUUAUAAGAGAAACAUCAGAUGUGUGUUUAUAGACGACCGUGUGUUUGCUGUGGAUGAUAAGUUACAGUCAGUCCCUCUGUUAUAAACUCACUUUAAUACAGUUUCAUCAAGAAGUUCCUGUGAAGUCCUUGCUUCUGAUCUGAUAUGAAUUGGGAAGAUAUCUGACAUCAGUAACGUUAAUUGUAUUCAAAAUGUCUUCGCCCAGUGAUGUGCGGGAGAAGAUGAGGAAGAAGAGGAGGGAACUGCAGGAGUCUUUAGGAAGAGCCAGAGAUGAUAAACAGGCUCUGGUUCCGGCAGACUGGGAUCUGUCUCAGGACAAUGAUCACACUGCGGUGGAGGAGCUGGCAGGUGGAGAAGAGGACCCUGGUGAGACACUCAGACGCUCAGUGAUGGCAAAGAGAAUGAAGAAAAAGAAGAAGCUGCUGAAGGAGAGGACGGGAGAGUCUCCUCCAGACGAGGAGCUGACAGCAGUGCAGGAGCAGGACAGACCAGAUGAUGACGAUGUACAGCCAGUGCGCUCACCGAGAGAUCUUCCUCCUCGUCCUGUGAUGAGGCCUGGAUCCAGCCAAUCGGAGACCAGCAUGAGGCAGCGUAUGACUGAGAAGCUGAGAGCAGCGAAGUCUAAAGCUGCUAGUCUUCUAGAGCAGGAGAGCAUCACCGAGCCCGCCAGCCGCCUACAGAGUCUACGGGACAGAGAAACCCUCACUCGAUUCGACAGAGACACGGAUCCAGAUCUACGGGCUGAUGAAGACUCGUCCUUCACUGCCAGGCUGAAGUUUCGUGAUGUGGCCAGACGUGCAACCAAAGACAAAAGGACCGAAGCUGGUUUGCCGACCGCUGAAGAGGCGUACAACUUCUUCACCUUCAACUUCGACCCAGAGCCUGAACAGCAACGCCAACGAAAGAAAAGACGUCCCGGGAGAAGAGAAGCAGAGGAGGAAGGAGAGGGGGAAACAGGGGAAGAAGAAGGGGAGGAUGAAGCAGAAGGGGAGGAAGAGAGGGAGUGUGAAGGAGAGGAAGAGUCUGAAGCCAGGGAUGAAGAUGCUCCACUGGUCAGAGAUGAGGAGGAGGAUUUGUUCAUCAUUGACCAAUCAGCACAGGACUUCCUGGAAGUGCGGAGAGCGGAGUACAUGGACUACAGUAGGAGACUGGAGAGGGAGCGAGAGACGCUGUUUGUUCCCAGCAUGAGGACAGUCCCUGCCUCGAGUAAGCUGGCCGAGAACGUGCGUCCCCGUUACCUGGAGGAGGAGGGGUUGUAUGUGGGCGAGAGGCCACACGUCUGCCUGACAAAUCAGAACAUUUUGGAAAACCGAAUACUCAAGCAGGGCGAGGGAAGGAAGUGGUUUGGAGACGAUGGGCGUAUUCUGGCUCUGCCCGACCCGAUCAAAGAGUCCUCCUCUAGACCGCCUCUCUUCCAGCUGGAGGAUGAGCUGGACCCUGCGCUGCAGACGGCCUACAGAAAGGCUCUGAAGUCGAAGCAUUUGAACCUCUACAUAUCUGGAAUGGGUGAUCCCCAGUCAGACUACCAGCUGGAUGUAGAUGUGUCGGGCCUCAUCUUCUCCCAUCAUCCUCUCUUCAGCCGUGAACACGUGCUGGCAGCCCGUCUCGCCCAGCUGUACGAUCAGCAGCUGACCAGACAGCACAAGAGCCUCACACGACUCCUGACCGACAAGUUGAACGGCUUGAGGAACACGAUACAUAAUAUGCUGGAGCUACACAGAGGAGAGGCUCUGAGUCAGGUGACCCAGCAGAGGAUGGCAGAGUACAAACAGGAAGUGAGACACACUCGUCAGUUGCGAGAUGUGGAGCAGGACAAGGACAGAGCUCUCCUCAAAAGCAUCAUCAGAGUGUGGAAGGAGCUCAAAGCUCUCAGAGACUUCCAGAGAUUCACCAACACACCUUUCAAACUCUUCGUCAGGAGGGAGAAGGUGGAGCGAGAGCAGGACGAGCAGGAGUAUGAGAAUGACAUCAUGGCGGAAGUGGAAGAGCUGCAGGCGGAGACGGAGGAAGACUAUCAGAAGAAGAUGAGUGAAUACAGAAGACAGCAUGAGGAAUGGAAAUCCUGGAAGAGAAAACAGAAAGUCUUAAAGAAAAAGCAGAAAAAGAAAAGACAGCAGGAGGAAGAAGAGGAGGAUGAGGAAAGUGAGGAGGAGUUGGGAGAGGAGCCAGAGAAGCCGGAUCCUCCAGAGAAACCAGACACGGGCUCCCUGGAAGAGCAAGUGCGGGAGAAGGCUGCCAGGAUCCGCAGGAAACCUGGAGAACCGGUUCUGAUCCCAGAACUUACCGUCUCCGGGCCCAUCACCCCCAAUGAGCAGUGUCCACGUGCCGAGUUUGCUCGCAGAGAGGAUGUGUCCAAACGUGUCCUCUUCAUCAAGGUCCUGUACAACGAUAAAGAAGUUUCCAGAACGGACAGUCGCGCCCUCAACAUGGAUUUCAGAGUCCACUUUGGUCAGAUCUUCAACCUGAAGAUUGUGAACUGGCCAGAAAGCAUCAAACUGCAGGUGUUUGAGGGUGUCGGCUCGUCUUCCACCCUGCUGGUGGAGGUGUGUGUGCCGGUUCCAGAAUCCUCUGUCCUGACCGGCAGUGCACCAUCUGAGGAGAUGGAGUUCAGCAGCAACCAGAGAGUCACCUUCAACCACGAGGGUGUCGGCAGUGGUGUCCCGUUCUCUUUCGAGGCUGACGGCACCAGCACACAGACCCUGCUGACGUCAGGGAAGCUCUCCUGCUGCGUGUCCUGGGCUGUAGGGGAGGAUGACGUCCCCCUCGCUCCCCCGUCCAGUCAGCCUGGAGGGGGCAUGUACAGUGGUCUUGGGCAGAUGGACGCUAUAGCCUGUAUCGGGGCAUCUAGUCUGAAUGAUAUGAAGAAAUUGGGGAAGUGGGCGGCUGAGUCUCGCCUCGACCCUAACGACCCCAACAACACCUCCAUCAUGCAACUACUCUCGGUGGUGAGUGGUGGAGAUGUGGCGGUUCCUGAAUACUUUCGUCUGGAGCAGCUUCAGGAGGAGUUUAAUUUCCUGCCCGACGAGGAGCUGCAGCGUUCCCGUCGCUUCCGCCUCCUGAGGCUGCGGAGUCAGGAGGUGGCGGAGUUCCGGCACUUUAAAUGCGUCCCCUCCAUGGAGCGUGAGAUAUCCCAAAAGGUGUUCCAGGAUUAUGAGAAGAGACUAAAGGAUGGCGAGAUCAUCAAUACAAAAGAGCACAUUGAUUCACAUCGAGCCCUCGUGGCCAAAUAUCUGCAAAGAGUUCGGGAGUCAGUCAUUAAUCGUUCCCUUAUAGCGAAGCAUCAUUUCAUCCUGUCCGAUGUGGUUUCGGAGGACGAGGUUCCCAGCAUCGGGGUGUUGGGCUGGAACCUGUUCAAACUGGCCGAGCCCAAGCGGCCCCUGAAGCCUCGCAGGAAGGAGAGGAAGAAGGUGACCGCUCAAAACCUCUCAGAUGGAGACAUCAAACUCCUGGUCAACAUUAUCAGAGGAUACGACAUCCCUGUCCGCAGACUUAAUGCCAGCAAACCCCCUGUGUCGGCUAAGUCUGGACGCUCAUUCACAGAGCCAUUUGCAGCUCCUGUGCCGUCCCAGAUACACCAACAGGGCAGUGAGUGGCCCUUCGGACAGCCUCUGAUCAGGCCGUUUGUGGAGGUGUCUUUCCAGCGCUCAGUGCUUCAGACGUCCACCGCCGAGGGUCCAAACCCCUGCUGGAACGAGGAGAUUGUUCUGCCAUUCAGUGCCCCGAACGGAGACUACAGCUCCACCAGUCUGCAGUCGGUCAGAGAUGAGGUCUUCAUCAACAUCUUCGACGAGGUUCUCUCUGAAUUGGUGGAGGACGAGAGGGACAGAGGAAACACCAUUCACACCCGUAUAGAGAGGCACUGGCUCGGCUCCAUCAAGAUUCCCUUCAGCACCAUCUACCUGCAGUCUCGGAUUGACGGGACGUUUAAGGUGUCCACUCCGCCAGUGCUGCUGGGAUACAGUAAGGAGCGCAGUUUGGGCAGUGAAGGGGGGUAUGACACCAUCCGCAGCCUGAGCGAAGGGACCUUCCUCAGCCUCUUCAUCACCAUUGAACCCCAGCUGGUGCCUGGAGACACCGUCAGAGAGAAGUUUGACUCUCAGGAAGUUGAGCGUUUGCUGAUAGCGAGUGAGGUCUUUGAGAAGGAGGCAAGUCGGCAUUUCCCCGACCGGCCCUGUCUCUCCACCGUCAUCGACAUCAACGGCAAAACGGUGUUCGCCACACGCUUCAUACGACCUCUGAACCCCCCGCAGGAGCUGCUGGACGCGCUCCCCAACAGCCCUCAGGAGACCGCGGAGUUAGUGGCGCGAUACGUGUCGCUCGUUCCCUCUCUUCCAGACAGCGUGUCGUUCGCAGGAGUCUGUGACUUAUGGAGCACAUGCGACCAAUUCCUAACGCUGCUAGCUGGAGAUGAGGAGGAGCAUGCAGUUCUGCUCUGCAACUACUUCCUGUCCAUGGGGAAACGGGCUUGGCUGAUCAUAGGAUCCGCCAUUCCCGAGGGCCCUACAGCGUACGUUCUGACGUAUGAGCAGAACCGCUAUCUGAUCUGGAAUCCCAGCACUGGGCAGCACUACGGACAGUACGACAUAUUCUGCCCCCUACAGACCAUCGGCUGCCUGAUCAACUCAGACAACGUGUGGUUUAAUAUCCAGCCAUACGCUGCACCCAUGAGAAUGAGUUUUGAUGUCUCUAAGCCAAAGCUCUGGAAACCGUUUUUCUCACGAUCGUUCCCUGACCCCGGCCUCUCUAGUGUGCAGCCGGAGGCACUGGUGUACAGACACACGGACAAAGCAGCUGCCGUGGAGUUACAAGACAGGAUAGAGAAGGUUUUGAGGGAGAAGAUCAUGGACUGGCGUCCCCGUCACCCCACUCGCUGGAACCGCUACUGCAUCUCGACGCUACGCCAGUUCCUGCCAAAACUAGAGCUGAGCGGAGGACGAGAGGUGGCUGAGGAACAUCGCCUCGAGCUGCAAAGCCUUCUGGGAGAAUACAAGAUAUCUGGGUUUCCCCUGCACCUUCCUUUCUCCGAGAUUCGGCCAAUCAUUGAAGCCGUUCACAGCACAGGGGUUCAUAAGGCCGAAGCGCCAAACGUUGAGUUUGCCCUGGCGGUCCACGUGCACCCGUACCCCGGUAACGUGCUCUCCGUUUGGGUCUACAUCGCCUCCCUGCUCAGUGUACACUAGAUCUCAGCAGAGCAAUAAUAUAAAGACUUCUAGAUAUGCUGUAUAUGAAAUCAAUGUCAUAUUUUAUAUAAAUUUUUUUGAUUUGGUAGUGCUCCUGUGCCUGCCAGUGUGUUUUAACACUACAUCUACUAAUACUAGUUAUCUUAUUAAUUUUUAAAGAAACUCAGUCUAUGAUGUUAUUUAUGUGUGAUUUUAAAACUUUUGUACAUUUUUAUUCUGUAUGUUUUUCGUGCUUGUACUAGUCCGAUUUGUAUGAAAUAAUUUUAGACCAUUUUUAUUACACUAGUUUGCUAAGUUUGUACUUUUUUCCCCUAGUAUCGUUCUUUUAGGGUGAAUCUCACAAAACCCACCAAGAACAUGUCUAGGUCAUAUUGCACUUUCAUGAAAACAAUGUUUUUAUUUUCUUUUGAUAUUGAGGUAAAAUAUCACCUGAAAAUGUUCUUUACAGUUGAAUACUUUAUUCAUUUAUAGAUAUUUGUAUAUUUUAACUGUACUGGUUCAAGCUGAGGUAAGCACACUAUUAAACUGAAUCAGUUAAUUGUUGAGGCACAAUUAAGUGUCGAAAUAGAACAUUAUGGAGUAUUUGUGCUACUGAAUAAAACAGUGCAGAUGCUUUUAACUGUU